GCAAAAAGGCAACAAACCAGACAACAAUAAUAUAGACAUUCAAACUCGAUCAACGUGGCAUUUAAAAAAAAGUUUAACUAUUGAUUUCUUGUCCAUUGGGUAUGUUCUUAAAAUAAAUUCUCGAUCAGAUUUGUAUUUACAUGUCCAGGAACAAAGUAUGGGCAGUUUGCAAUCAUAAAGUAUUAAAAGAUGUUGGCUAUUGCUUAUCUAUCAUUGGUGAUACUUGUUGCUAUUGCAGUCCUUCUUCACUUAAAAAUUGCACCUGCUGAGCAAUCAAUUUGUAAUCCAGCAUUUGUUAGCUUCCAAUCAACAUACUUUGGUGCUUAUUUUGUGGCAUUAUUUGCGGAGUGGUUGCAGAGUCCCUACCUCUACCGGAUCUACUCCCAUUAUGGCUUCAUCGACACGCAAAUAGCUAUAAUCUAUGUGUGUGGUUUUGUAUCUAGCAUUUUGUUUGGUACUGCUUCUGGUUACCUUGCAGACAGGUGUGGCCGCAAAAAAGCCUGCGUUUUCUUCUGUUUAACCUAUUCCCUUUGCUGUUUGUCCAAAGCCUCAAGUAGCUAUGUGGUUCUGAUCAUAGGCCGGGUUUUAGGAGGUAUAUCGACAUCUGUCCUGUUUUCAACAUUUGAAGCAUGGUACGUUUAUGAGCACACCCAGACUCAUGACUUCCCUAUAGAGUGGAUCACAGUCACAUUUUCCAAAGCCAGUUUUUUUAAUGGUGUUAUAGCAAUAACGGCUGGCGUCAUUGCAAAUACAUUAGCAGAAUGGGUGAAUCUUGGACCAGUGUCACCAUUUCUGCUUGCAAUACCGUUUCUUUUAGCAGCAGGAAUCUUAAUGGUUACAAAUUGGGAGGAAAAUUAUGGAGGGAAGUCGUUAAAGUUAGUAACACCUUGUUUAGAAAGUCUUCGUUUGAUAGUGACCAACUCAAAGAUUUUACUGAUUGGUAUAGUGACUUCACUUUUUGAAAGUGUCAUGUUUGUGUUUGUAUUUCUAUGGACACCUGUCUUGGAUCCAGCAAAGCCACCUUUAGGGAUUGUGUUUUCUUGCUUCAUGGCUUGUGUUAUGAUUGGAGGGCUUUUGUUCGAGGCUGCCGUUGCACGAAAAGUUUCACCUGUGCGAGUCAUAGCUGUUGCAAUAUUAUUGGGCCUAGCAUCAAAUUUGACAUCAUCUUUUGGAAGCUCAAAUCAUCCAAGAAAAACAUUCCUGGCAUUUCUUCUGAUGGAGUUUGGAUGUGGAUUAUAUUUCCCUGCAAUGAACUGGGUUCGCCGGCGUGUCCUACCAGAGGCACACCAUGCUGGCAUCAUCAAUUGGUUCAGGGUACCGCUCAAUGUUAUUGCAUCAAUUGUCUUGUUGGUGUUGCAUGAUACACACAGUGGGGAAGGAAUUACAGCCAUUUUUGCUUUGUGUUCUGCGCUUAUGACAGUAGCCGCAAUAUGUUCAAUAAAAUUGAUGAUGUCUCUCAAAGAAAGUGAUUUAGUUUCUGAUGCUCAAGGUAAUGAAAGUCCAGUUGAAGAAAAUUUAAUUUAAUUGCCACCAAAGGUGUUUUUAUAACAAAAUGGAUUGGACAUAAGACAAUGCUUUGUAGUUAAAUUUUGAAAAUUAGCAUCCAGCUACAUGGUUUCAUUUGUAACUGUAAAUGUUGUGCUAAUAAAAGACACCAUGUCAAAUGAAUUGAACAAACCAUUUUACAUAUCUAGUGAUUGAAAAUCAUGUUUAUGUUUAACCUAUAUAUACAAAUACAAGCAGAUGUAUGUUUUCUUCGCUGUGGUUGGGAGCAAACCAACCUAUAAACAAUAACCAAUAUUCUGAUUCAGGGUUAUGAUCAGGGACAGACUUUCGGUUGCUCAUAUAGAAAUGUCCAUUGUGUCAUCGUGUCAGUCCACAUUUUCUAAAUAUAACUUCACAAUAUAACAGUCUUUAACAGAUCAUGUGCUUUCUUAAAUUUUCCAAAUUGUAAUGACAGAGGACUUAUUUACUUAUGACUUUUCACAAUAUAUUUCAAUUGCCUGGGCAAUGCUAGGUUGCCCACAGGGAGGG